CCUCGCCGUUUCCAAGGCGGCGGCCGCGUUCGCACCCCAGGGUCUCACCGGCAAGGGAAGGAUAAUAUCCCGAACCUGGUGUCAGGGGCUCCGGAGAGGAACAGUAGGGAAGAACGUCUCACCUGAACCACCUCCCUCCUGAGGCCCCAUUUUCCUCUCCAUCCCGGCCCGCCCAGCCCCAGCCCUGCUUCCUGUGGACGUCAGGCAAUGAUGCUCUUCCCCUCAGGCCUAGAUGAAGGUAGGGUGGGCAAGGCGCAGCCACCAAGCUCGUGGAAGUCAGCACCGGGCACCCAGGCUGGCGAGGGCACAAGGUAUGGUGCCAGGCAUACAACACUGCCUUGUACAUGGCUACGAGAUCAAUGUUUGUGAAACUUAACUGAACUUUGAAGAGAUUAGGCAAUGGACAGUAAAUGGCUCGCGCUGCAACUUCACCUCCCCUCUUGUUCUCUCCUCCAAGGUAGCGGGGACUCAUCUCUGGAGAAGGAAUUCCUCGGGGCCCCAGUGGGGCCCUCAGUGAGCAGCCCCAACAGCCAGCACUCUUCUCCCAGCCGCUCACUCAGUGCCAACUCCAUCAAGGUGGAGAUGUACAGCGAUGAGGAGUCGAGCAGACUGCUCGGGCCGGAUGAGCGGCUCCUGGAAAAGGACGACAGUGUGAUCGUGGAAGACUCGUUGUCGGAGCCCCUGGGCUACUGUGAUGGAAGCGGGCCAGAGCCUCACUCCCCCGGUGGCAUCCGGCUGCCCAAUGGCAAGCUCAAAUGUGACGUCUGUGGCAUGGUCUGCAUCGGACCCAAUGUGCUCAUGGUGCACAAGCGUAGCCACACGGGAGAAAGGCCCUUCCACUGCAACCAGUGCGGUGCCUCCUUCACCCAGAAGGGCAACCUGCUGCGCCACAUCAAGCUGCACUCUGGGGAGAAGCCCUUCAAGUGUCCCUUCUGCAACUACGCCUGCCGCCGGCGUGAUGCGCUCACUGGCCACCUCCGCACACACUCGGUCUCCUCUCCCACGGUGGGCAAGCCCUACAAGUGUAACUACUGCGGCCGGAGCUAUAAACAGCAGAGCACCCUGGAGGAGCACAAGGAGCGGUGCCACAACUACCUACAGAGUCUCAGCACUGAAGCCCAAGCUCUGGCUGGCCAGUCAGGUGAGCCUGCAGGUGAUGAGAUACGGGACCUGGAGAUGGUGCCGGACUCCAUGCUGCACUCAUCCUCUGAGAGGCCAACUUUCAUUGAUCGUCUGGCCAACAGCCUCACCAAACGCAAGCGUUCCACUCCCCAGAAGUUUGUAGGCGAAAAGCAGAUGCGCUUCAGCCUCUCGGACCUCCCCUAUGAUGUGAACUCGGGUGGCUAUGAGAAGGAUGUGGAGUUGGUGGCACACCACGGCCUGGAGCCUGGCUUUGGAGGUUCUCUGGCCUUUGUGGGGGCAGAACAUCUGCGUCCCCUCCGCCUUCCACCUACCAACUGCAUCUCAGAACUCACGCCCGUCAUCAGCUCUGUCUACACUCAGAUGCAGCCCCUCCCUGGUCGACUGGAGCUUCCAGGGUCCCGAGAAGCAGGUGAGGGACCCGAGGAUCUGGCUGAUGGAGGUCCCCUCCUCUACCGGGCCCGAGGCCCCCUGACUGACCCCGGGGCGUCCCCCAGCAAUGGCUGCCAGGACUCCACAGAUACAGAGAGCAACCACGAAGAUCGGGUUGGGGCAGUGGUAUCCCUCCCUCAGGGUCCCCCACCCCAGCCUCCUCCCACCAUUGUGGUGGGCCGGCCCAGUCCUGCCUACGCCAAAGAGGACCCCAAGCCACAGGAGGGGUUACUGCGGGGCACCCCAGGCCCCUCCAAGGAAGUGCUUCGGGUGGUGGGCGAGAGCGGUGAGCCGGUGAAGGCCUUCAAGUGUGAGCACUGCCGCAUUCUCUUCCUGGACCAUGUCAUGUUCACUAUCCACAUGGGCUGCCAUGGCUUCAGAGACCCUUUCGAGUGCAACAUCUGUGGUUACCACAGCCAGGACCGGUACGAAUUCUCUUCCCACAUUGUCCGGGGGGAGCACAAGGUGGGCUAGCGACCAAGCGUCCCCCCUCGGUCCACCACUCCACUGCCCUACCUACAGGAGUCUAGCCCUGUCCCCAACACGUCCCAAGGAGUUGGGUUGUGUAGCCCCGCUACUGGCUACCUGACUUCACACCUGACCCUGACCCCUCCUCACCUGUGCGCCUCCUCUUCCCCGACUGAUCUAAGCAUUGUGAUGAAACAGGUCUUUUGCUUAUGUUUCUCCUUUUUCUCUUCUCCUCUCAUCCCACCAUACUCACUGAGUUAUUUAUUAAUAUAAUUUGUUUUCUUUUGCUUUUUUUUUUUUAAACUUAUAUCGGUCACUUACCACACCCCACCUUCCUGCCCACAGUCCCCUUCUGCUUUAGGCCUCAUUUUUCUCUUUGCUCCAGCUUUCUCCAACAGCCCCAGGGGUAGGAAGCUCCUCUUAGCGCUAAGAGACCCUGAGCUUCUUGACUUAAGUCCUCAUCUUUUACAUCAUCUGAUUCUUCAGUUUCGACGGUGAUAGCUCCCUCUGGCCCUGCCUUAGCUCUGUGACAUUAUAUCUCCUCUCUGGGACCCUUCAACCUGGUACUCCAUACCUCUUGUGCCCUCUCACUUUAGGCAGCUUGCACUACUCCUGAUCGAAUGAAGAAAUCCCUCAUUUGGAAGUAGGAGAGGCCGAAGACAUUCUCCCCAGGCACCAUGGGACUGAGGGUCCUCUUGACAUCCCCCUAGGAAUACGAGUUCCCCAAAGCCCACAUUCAGGAUCUGCCUCUAGGAUGUGAUAUCUCUCUCUUCUCUCCUCGAACUGCCCGUCUACUCCGUGGUGGUUUUGCUCUCCUUGGAGUGCCCCAAUUUUAUAUUCUCAGGGGCCAAGGCUAGGUCAGCAGUCCUCUGUCUCUGACACGUUUGGAGCCACAGGUGCCUAAAUGGGAACCAGGGAAGGGAAUGGGUCAAAAUUCUUCUCUUUCUCUCCCACCUCUCAAACUUCUUCACUCUAGUGACCUUCCUGGGCUCUCAGGGACUUCUGUGGUCCCUGUCCUAUGAGAAACUGGUGAGUUGCUGCCUGAUAACAAGGGGGUACCCUCAGCCCCCUGCAUCACGCUGCCUUCUUCUUCUCCCCCUAGCAGGAUUCACCCUCUCAUUCCCGGGCUCCUGGGCCCUGUUCUUAGGAUCAGUGGCAGGGAGAAAAGGCUGUCUCUUUUCUCUCUCCUAAUUUUCUGUAUAACCAAAAAUUAUCCCAGGAUGAGCAAGGGCAUGUGCCCCUCUCCCCAUUCCACUCUUGUCCCAGCAAGAAUGGGAUGGGCACAACGGAACUGGGGGGUCAUCCUUUACUGCCCCCUCUACACUCAGCUCCCAGAUGUAGGGCAGGAGGGGGCACUCUCCUGGCUACUGCAGAGACCCCUGGCUAUUUGGGUAACCUAGUUAGUGAGAAGGGGGCAGGAGGAGAUACAGCUCCACUGCAAAUGGAGGUCUCUUUCUACAAGAGUUCCCUGCCCAAGGCCACAGCCAUCCCAUUCUCUGCUUCCUUGAGAUUCAAACCAAAGCCUGUUUUUCUAUAUUUAAAGAUAAAAAAAGUAAAAACCAAACACAACACCUCACAAGUUGUAACACUUGGUCCUUCUCUCUCUCUCUCUCUCUCUCUCUCUCUCUCUCUCUCUCUCUCCCCCCUCCCUCCCCCUCCCCCUCCCCUUUUCUCUUCCCUUCCAUCUUUCUUUCCACAUGUCCUUUCCUUAUUGGCUCUUUUGCCUCCUACUUUUCUCACUCCCUAUCAGGGAUAAUUUAGGGGGAUGGUAAAAGGUUGGCUAAGGAACAGACCCUGGGAUUGGGGCUCUUAAGGGCUCUAAGAGAGUCUGUCUACCUUACCCUAUUAUGGGAAGGGAGACCCUAAAAAACUUCUCUUCUUCCUCCUUUUCUCCCCCACUAUGUGGUCUCCCCAAGAGAACCAGAUUGUCAAGGAGGGGCACCGUGGGUUGACUGUUCCUCCUUGACAAUGUAGCAAUAAACAGAUGCUGCCAAGGGCAGAGGAUCGGGGAGUCAUCUGGGAGGAGAGUGGUCUCUGGAGAAGGGGAGAGUCUUCUUGAGAACACCCCAGGGAACUGGCUUCUUGUUUCAGAAUGGCAGCAGAGCUGCGAUUAAUAUCUGGGGUUCCCCUCAACUGUCCUGGUUAUUGAGCCCCAUCCUGUUAGACCUGCCCUCACCACCUCUUCUGCUGCUGUGUAUUUGGUGACACCUCAUAAGGACUAGUCCCUUCUGGGGUAUCAGAGCCUUAGGGUGCCCUAUCCCCUCCCCCAGUCAGUUUUGGCACCUGUAACCUCCUGGAACAUGAAAGACUAUGCUCUGAGGCCGUACUCUGAGCCCAUGAGAGCAGAGACUGGAAGGGCAAGACCAGGUGCUAAGGAGGGGAGAGAAGGGCACUCUGUCUCUCUCCAGACCAUCACUGCACUUUAACCAGGGUCUUAGGUACAAAAUCCUACUUUCCAGAGCCUUCCAGCUCUGGAACCUCAAACAUCCUCAUGUUCUCUCCCAGCAGCCUUUUGCAUAAAAAAAAAAAAAAAAAAAAAGUAAAGAAAAAGAAAAAAAAAUACAUUGAAACCCACAUGGAGAAAAGAGGUGUUUUCCUUUUAUAUUGAUAUUUAAAAUCAACACCACACAAAAAAAUUUCUAAAUAGACAGUUUUCCAGACCUUUGUUUUUUCGUGUCAGUGUCCAAGCUGCAGAUGGGAUUUUGUAAUACUUCCGGCAGCUUCUUUCCUUGUGUACAUAAUAUAUAUAUAAUAUAUAUUUUUAAUCAGAAGUUAUGAAGAACAAAAAGAAAAAAAAAUAAAACACAGAAGCAAGUGCAAUACCACCUCUCUUCUCUCUCUCCCAGGGUUUCAUUUGUAGCCUAUGCUUGGUGUCUCCUUGGACCUUAGCCCUUCACCUCCUCCUUUUCCUCUGGUUCCCCCUUCCCCCGCCCCCUUUUUUUUAGAGUUUUUCUCCUUUCUCAAGGGGAGUUAAACUAGCUUUUGAGACUUAUUGCAAAGCAUUUUGUAUAUGUAAUAUAUUGUAAGUAAAUAUUUGUGUAACGGAGAUAUACUACUGUAAGUUUUGUACUGUACUGGCUGAAGGUCUGUUAUAAAUAAACAUGAGUA